AUGGACCCCGGGCUGCAGCGAGCACUCAACAGUGUGGCCCCUUCUCAAGACACAGCCAUGCAUGUACCUGCAGGCUCCGUCGCCAGCCACUUGGGAACCACGAGCCGGAGCUACUUUUACUUCACUACAGUCACCCUGGCUCUGUGUCUAGUCUUUGCUGUGGCAACCAUUAUGGUGUUGGUAGUUCAGAGGACGGACUCCCCUCCUCCUUCCCCUAGAGAGAUCUUCUUAUUUUUAGGAAAUUGCUCAGAGGACAUUGGAUGUAUCCUGAAAAGAGCUCCACUCAUGAAGUCAUGGGCCUAUCUCCAAGCAUCAAAACAUAUAAACAAAACCAAGUUGUCCUGGAACUCAGAUGGCAUUGCUGAGGGAGUUGAAUAUAAAGAUGGGAAUUUGGUGAUCCAGUUCCCAGGUUUGUACUUCAUCAUUUGUCAACUGCAAUUUCUCGUGCCUCAAUGUCCAGAAAAUUCUGUCGAUCUGAAGUUGGAGCUUCUCAUCAAUGGGGUGGUCAAAAGGCAGGCACUGGUGACAGUGUGCGAGUCUGGAGUGCAAACCAAAAAUAUAUACCAGAACAUCUCACAAUUCUUACUGGAGCACCUUCAGGUCAACAACACCAUAUCAGUCAGGGUGAAUGCAUUCCGGUUUGUGGAUACAGAUACCUUCCCUCUUGAAAAUGUGUUGUCCAUCUUCUUAUACAGUAGUUCAAACUGA